AGUGAACUUUCCUUAACGAAACCAACGAUGAACAGAGGCAGGAAUUCAAAAAGUUUUUUUUACCAUUUUACACAGGACGACUUCCUUUCUUGUAUAACUGUCAUAUAACUGUCAUUUUUCUAAACACUGUCCCUGGCUAUCGACAUACUGUUCUCUUUUAGUGAAACUACUUUGUUCCGCGAUACCUUCCCGAAACUUAAUAUGAUUUUAAAACGACGUAUAUUUAUUCAUUUAUAAAAUAUAAAUAUCAAUUUAUUUCUAUGUAGACCUAACAGUAGGAGUUUCUAUAAAUUCUCAGACUACGAACGAUCAAAAAUAUGUUUCUGCAUUACGAAGAAUUCUGAAAUGUUUUCCUGCAUGGUUAGUAAAUCCAAUGUACUGGUUUUUUCCAAUUUUCUUCAUGAGUAAAAUAGGAAAAAAUUACAAGAGAGACGUUGAAAUAUUUCAUCGUUUCAACGAAAAGCUGUUUAAGAGAAAAAAAGAAAAUUUGGUAAAAAAAAUGCAGCAGCAGCAACAUUCCUUAGACAAAGAGACCUGUAAUGAAGAAGAACCAAAGACCAAAACAAAACAGCGUGUUAUCGAUUCCCUGUUGGAUUUGCAUGUCAAACAAGGUUUAAUAUCCGAAGAAGAUGUUAUCAGAGAUAUGGGAGGCACUAUUUUCGCGGGUUACGACUCAACCGCCCACGUUGUGUCCUGGGCUCUUUAUUUCCUGGGAAGAUUCCACGAAAUACAAGAGAAAGUGUAUCUAGAGUUGCAAGAAAUUUUCAAAAAUGAUAUGAGUAGAGAUAUUACUAUCGAUGACCUGACGAAAAUGAUUUACUUAGAAUGCGUGAUAAAGGAGUCGAUGAGAAUCUAUUCUCCUUUCCCUUUGAUUGCCAGAAAAAAUCCAUCGAAAAUGAAAAUAGGUAAUUACGUGUUGCCUGCAAAUUCGACUCUUGUCAUAAAUAUCUAUGGUAUUCAUCAUAAUCCUGCUGUUUACGAAAAUCCCGAAGUGUUCGAUCCAGACCGUUUUCUAUUUGAAAAUUAUAAAAUGCUUCAUCCUUAUGCAUUUCUGCCAUUUUCUGCCGGUCCACGAAAUUGUUUAGCAAGUAAAAGUGCAAUGAUUAAAAUGAAAACUAUUUUAGCAAAUGUUUUUCGAAAUUUUAAAGUUUACUCUUUGGAUCCUCAAGAUAAGAUCGUUACCUCUUUUGAAAGUAUAUUGACCCCAAUAUUAGGUAUAAGAAUGUGUGUAGAAAAAAGAUAUAUGUUGUAAGAUAUGAAAUAACAUAAACGUUGGGAUAAUUUUUAUUACAAAUAUGUAUGAAAAAAGGCUAUAUCAUAUAAUCUAGACGAGUGCAUUUAAAAACUGUAUCGAAAUUUAUUCAUAAGUUGUAAUUUAUGAAUGAGAAUAAAAUGUAUUAUAAUUAUUGUUAUUAA